UUGUGUUGGUUUUUGUAAAAACGCGGCACCCGGCAUCAGUCAGCCAGCUCGUCUCUCCUCUCCUUGUUUACGUUUUCAAAAUUUGCUAUUCUUCCCUUUUUCGCAACAAUCAUCGUUAGUCUGACUCAAAAGGUUCUCAAUGCAUUGAUAAAUUUGAAAUUCAGCGAAUGCUCCGUCGUUUAAGAAGUUAAUCGAGGGAAAAGUUUCAUCACUGAAGCGUAAAUGGCGCGCACAAAGACCCAAGUUAGGAAUAGUAAAGCAUCGCCGAAAAAGUCACUCUUGGCCGCAAAGCAGCAGCGACAUCAGCAUCCCGCUUUGGCUUUGGCCCAGAAAAGUCCCAAGAAAAGGGAGAAACCGCCAACGUCGAAAGGAAAAACUACAGCGCAAAAGAAAGCAAAAGAGAGGCCGAGACCUGGAGCCAAGGCCUUAAUGGAAAUCAGGAAAUACCAAAAGUCUCACGAGUUGUUAAUACCCAAGCUUUCCUUUGGCAGAUGCGUCAGGGAAGCCAUGAAUUGCUUCUCAGGACGGGAUCUCAGAAUCACUGCUGAGGCCCUGAUGGCUCUGCAAGAGAGUGCCGAAGCCUACAUGGUUCAGUUCUUGGAAGAUUCGUUCUUGUUGACUCUGCAUGCCAAGCGUCGAACUCUUUUUGCCCAAGACAUUGUUUUGCUCAAAAGGCUGAGAGGGCGUGAUGAUCCGUGCAACUAAAUCAGCAAUUGUAAAUAUUCUGAAGACUCUCAAAUCGACGCAUUUUCUAAAUUAGGUUGUGAAUAAUUAUGACUUGUACAAAGUAACAAUUUGAAUUAAAAGUUAAUUCAAUGCCAGUUUCGAUGCUGUGCCCAGUGUACUUCAUGCAAAGAAGCUUUUAAAGUUUGACUCCUAAUCAAGCUCUUAAUUUGAUUUGAAAAGUUGAUAAACAAAAAUAUAAAAUAAAUUUGUCAUUUUUAAUCAUCAGAAAACAUCCCAAAUCAAAAGAGUUUUCUGGGUAACUUUAAUGUUAAAAUUCAUAAAUAUUUUUUAGUUGAAAUUUGAGAUACGCUAAUUAUUCGAAUUUUGAGCCUCAGCUUUCAUGUUGUGGUGAGUUCCUUCUCAAAAUUGGACAUUAAUUUUGGAUUCAUUUGAAUAAAUACGACCUGAAACAAAAGCUGCUGCAAUGGGAGCUGUUUUUUGGGCAAUUCCAACUUGUAUAUCUCUAUUAACCCGCAAAGAUUUCCGUUUUUUAAUUAUGGAUGCUCAAUCACUUGUUUUUAUUAAUUAGAACAUCAGUAUGUAUUUAUUGUCCUUAAAUAGUUUUUCUAAUAGGUGGUGAAUAUUACAUGGAAAUAAAAAUAUUCAUUUUCUAACCUA